GCUGCUGCUGCUGCUGCAGGGGGAGCGUCCGUCCACAGCCUGCAGUGCUGCGAUGUGCGGCCGCCUUAUUUGUCUCCUGGCUGCUCCAUUUUUCCACAUCUAAUCCCAUUUGCAAGACCACAGAGGAACAUAUUCAUUAAGAGGGGCGACCUCGGUGGAGGAGGGAGGUUAAACAGCCUACACUGCGCGUCUUUGAGCUGAGAUGGGGAAGGCGUUCACUCAUUUCUGUGACUAUCUACAUGGUUUUUGGAGAUGCAGGUGCCAAUAGAGGAUGUCCUUACACUGACUGGAUAGAGGCAGCUGGUUUCAGGAUGCGUUCCCUGAGAAAGACGGUGUUGCUCGCCGUCCUGGUGUCCGUGGUGCUGGUGCUGGCCCUCCUCCAUUCGUGGCCCACUCGGGCUUACACCACAGUGGAUGUGUGGCAACGACCGGGGUCAAUUCUAGAGAGGCAUCUGGAGGAGAGGCUCCCAGAACCAGACCACAGAUUAAGCAACAUCCCCUUCCACGUAAGGGACAGUGUGGCAAGCUUGCUGGCACGUAACGGAUGUGUGUGUGAGGGUGAGAGUGGAGGAAUAAACCUGCCCUUCGCCCAACUCUUGUUCCCGCGGGUGUCAGCUCACCCGCUGCACACUGCCUUUGAGGCCUCUGAGCUGGAAGAAAUGAAGAGGAGACGGGCCAAAGAGUACAACAGUUUCCAAAAGAGGUCACAGACGCCUGCAGAUGUUCUCAUUAUUGCAGAGGCUAACAGUCCCUUACAGUAUCCAACACAGGGGGUGGAGGUACGACCCCUGAAAACAAUCAUCAUCCCAGGCUUGGCCUUACACGACCUUCCCAGGGACCACCACUCAAUAAACAUCACUGCAUCGCUGGGAACGCUGAACGUGGCAGCAGAGGUGGACGGGGUGAAAGUCAAAGGUGAUGGUGAGAUGCUCAUGACUCUGUCCAGCAGCGUCCUGCCGAACCUGAACCGACAACUGCAGUUUGUCACCUACACAAACACGCUUUUCCACCCCAGCACAGCAGACACAGUGCAGUUUGAGACAGAGGGACAUCAAGCCAGCUUCAUCAUCAAGAUUCGUCAUGGUGUGACACCCAAACUGUACAACACAGGAUCCAAAGGAGAGUACAAUGUCAGUGCCCUUGUUACCAUAGCUACAAAGACUUUCCUGCGUUAUGAUAAGCUCCAAGAUCUUAUCGACAGCGUGAGAAAAUACUAUCCUACUGUCACCAUAGUAAUCGCUGAUGACAGCGAAAACCCCAAAACAAUUUCCGGGCCUUACAUCGAGCAUUACAUCAUGCCAUUUGGAAAGGGUUGGUUUGCUGGUCGAAACCUUGCCGUCUCUCAGGUGACCACGAAGUACGUCCUGUGGGUGGAUGACGACUUCAUCUUCACAGCCAGCACCAAGCUGGAGAAACUGGUGGACGUUUUAGAGAGAACCACUCUGGAUCUGGUGGGCGGUGCAGUGCGAGGCACAGGUUACACUGCCACCUACAGACAGACCAUCUCUAUUGAGUCAGGGGAGGAGGAUGGUGACUGUUUACACAUGAGGAGGGGAUUUCAUCACGUCAUCCAAGGCUUCCCCAACUGUGUUGUGACUGACGGGGUCAUUAACUUCUUCCUGGCUCGCACUGACAAAGUCCAGCAGGUCGGCUUUGACCCGCGUCUCACCAGAGUAGCUCACCUGGAGUUUUUCAUUGACGGCCUGGGAUCGCUCCACGUGGGCUCUUGUGAUGAUGUCAUCGUCAACCACGCAACCAAAAUCAAACUUCCCUGGGUCAGCCAAUCGGAGAGUGACAAGACAUAUGCCAAGUACCGUUACCCACCGGCCUCCUCUGACGCCACACACACAAAAAAUGGCCUCCUCUUCUUCAAGAACCGAUUUCAGUGUUUGACUCAUAAUUAGCUCCUCUCCUCCUCGUCCCGAGGGUUCCUCUGCUCCUCCUGAGUUGCCAAAGAAGUUCUCCUCCUCCGCCUCUCAGAUUCAGAUUUUGGUUUGCCUUUUCUUAGACUUAAAUGUAGAGAAAAUGCGCCAUUAGAGCAGCAUGUUUAUUUUGUCAGUGCUAAAAAAAAAGUCCUCAGUAAAAACCAAGAAUGCCCAAGCUCUCUAGAGAGAAGAGAAUCAGCUGUAGUAACAAACAUCUUGUUUACACCGACCCAGUUAAAUCACAGCAUCUUGAUUAAUUCAUGAAUUUC